CUAAGUUUCCUAUAGAAUCCUGCUUGUUUCAACGUUUUGGUUUGAGGAGGGUACAUUCUUAUCCUAACACCUUGUAAGUGACGAUAAAUCUUACUUCCUCCUUUACAAUUUUGCCUUAAAUUAUUUUCUCUAAUUGUCAGUCUUGAAGGCAACCUAACCAACCUGGAGUUCAUCAGAAUGCCACACCCAGUAAUCCACACAGUCCCCGUGGAAAACAACCAGAAGCACUAGGUGUCAAAACCAUCCCAUCUGGUGGGGCGCAUUCUCAGAUAAACAUAGUCUCAGGCGUGCGACAAACCAAGUCACAACCGCACAGACUCCUACAUCUGCGUCAGAGUUGAGCUUAACUGCGCAACAUUCUCUGCGCAGUCAUUGCAGUACAUCAUUCAAAUCACGCAGCAGCCCCACGCACAGGGGGGGAAAAUGCAGUCCAAUCUUCACACACGCGGUUUGGUACACUGACACCCAAUCUCACUAGGGAACACUGGCACCCGGACAACCCGCGGUCAGCUCCGUCGUCCGGAUUGAGGCGAAGAACCCCGCCACUGCGAGAGGCGUGGGAGGCGUGGGAAGCGCGUGCACUGCCUUUUGCGCCUGUGCGCUCCACAGUGCACCUAGAAUUCCCGGCAGUCUCCGCGGCACGGCCCUCGAGAACCUGGACGCGGAGCCUAUGACUAAAGAAUAGCCUUGGUCUACGACUUUUCUCGGCCUUGAACUACAUUUCCCAGAGGCUUCGGGCCCCUAUUAUUUUCUGCAGCAUCAGUCACGAGUUGAUCUUGCAGGUCUGAGUCAGCCCGCGCCUUCGGUCGUCAGCCGCCCGCUCCCUGCGCUGAGGAGGCUGAGGAGGCUCUGACGAGGCUCUGACGAGGCUCAGGGCUUGGACCUGAACUGAUACUGGCACGUCGCGGAGCUCCAGCACCGCUGUCCUGGAGCCCCCCACUGCUUGAGAUGAAGGCUGGUGAGGAGGAGAGGAGAAUCAUUGCUGCAUAUCUGAAAAAUAAAUUCAAGGCUUCUCAGAACUUUGCUUCUCUAGAAGAACCCUGAGGACAACUGACCAGUUCUUGUGAUUCUAAAACCAUGGCUCACAAACUAGUGAAGUUCAGUGAUGUGUCUGUAGUCUUCUCUCAAAGAGAGUGGAAGUGCCUGAAUGCUGCUCAGAGGGACUUGUACAGAGAUGUGAUGCUGGAGAAUUAUAGCAACUUGGUCUCACUGGGAUAUUCCGCCUCAAAGCCGGAAGUGAUCACCUUACUGGAGCAAGGCAAAGAGCCGUACAUCGUGUUGGGAGAUGUGCAAGGAAGACGGUGUGCGGGUUUGUUCUCCAGAUAUAAGACUAAGAAAUUACCUUCAGGAAAGGACACUGAUGAAACUAGUUCGUCCAAAUUGGAGACGACAGAAAGAAGAAAAACCGUUGGUCCUAAAGGAUCCACCUUGAGAAAUGAGUCACAGAGCAAAAGUGAGUUGAAGGGCCAACAGGGACCUCAAGAAAGGUUUCUCAGGCAAAUGAAAAGCACCUAUAAGAAAAGGCCAACAGAGAGAAAGCAUCCAUCUUCGAAUCAGAAAACUUCUAGUAGUGGGAAUACUAGUGAAGAUAGGGAACAGGGGAAAAACCUUAGUUCUGGCUCUAAUGUGGUUCAAAGUGAGAAAAAUCAUACUGAGGAAAAGCAUGAUUGUCCAGAGUGUGGGGAAACUUUGAGUAGUGUCUCCCAACUUAAUCUACAUCAGAAAAUUCAUAGUGGUGAAAAGGUCUAUAAAUGUAAACAAUGUGGGAAGUACUUUGGUCAUCAUUAUCAGCUUAUUCUGCAUCAGAAAUUUCAUAGUGGAGAGAAACCCUAUGAAUGUCAAGAAUGUGGCCAAAUCUUUACUCUUUUCUCACAAUUCAGUCGACAUCAGAAAUUUCAUACUGGUGAAAAACCCUAUAGAUGUAAGAAAUGCAAGAAAAGAUUUAGUAGUUGUUCAGAACUUUCUCAGCAUGAGAAAGAGCAUGCUGGUGAGAAGUGUUAUGAAUGUAAGGAAUGUGGAAAAACUUUCAGACUUAAUUUCUACCUUACAGAACAUCAGAAAACCCACACAGGGGAGAAACCCUAUAAAUGUAAGGAAUGUGGGAAAACUUUUACUGUAUGUGGACAACUUACCCGUCAUCAGAAAAUUCAUACCAGUUUAAAACCCUAUGAAUGUAAGGAAUGUGGGAAGUCCUUUAGACUUAGUUUAUACCUCACUGAACACAAAAAAAUACAUACUGGUAAGAAACCUCACGAAUGUAAGCAAUGUGGGAAAAGCUUUAAUGUCCGUGGACAGCUUAAUCGGCACGAAACGAUUCACAGUGGUGUAAAACCCUUUGAAUGUGAGGUGUGUGGGAAGGCUUUUGGUUAUAAUGGUGACCUUAGAGUACACCACAGAAUUCAUACCGGUGAGAAACCACAUAAAUGUAAGGACUGCGGGAAGGCCUUUAUGCUCCGUUCAGCCCUUACUGAACAUCAGAGAAUUCAUUCUGGCAUAAAGCCCUAUGAAUGUAAGGAAUGUGGGAAGACUUUCAGAGGGCGCUCUCAAGUGAGCCUACAUAAGAAAUUUCAUACUGACUUGAAACCCUACAAGUGUGUAAAAUGUGGGAAGACCUUCAGAUUUGGUUUCUACCUGAGUGAACAUGAGAGAAUUCAUACUGGGGAAAAGCCCUAUAAAUGCAAAGAAUGUGGAAAGGCUUUUAUUCGUAGAGGAAAUCUUAAAGAACAUCUGAAAAUUCAUUCAGGUGUAAAACCCUAUGAAUGUAAAGAAUGUGGGAAGUCUUUUAGUUGGCGUGGUCAGUACACUCAGCAUCUGAAAAUUCACACUGGUGUAAAACCCUUCAAAUGUAAGGAAUGUGAGAAGGCCUUUAGUCGCAGUGGAGACCUUAGAAUACAUCAGAGAAUUCACACUGGUGAGAAACCCUAUGGGUGUAAAGAAUGUGGAAAGGCCUUCAGACUUAAUUCGCACCUUAUUGAACAUCAGCGAAUUCAUACUGGUGAGAAACCCUAUGAGUGUAAGGUGUGUAAAAAGGCCUUCAGACAGCGGUCACACCUUUAUCAGCAUCAGAGAACCCAUAAUGUAACUUAAUUUAAGAAUGCCUUUCCAUGCAUGCUCUGUUUAUUAGAAUAUCAAAGAUAGACAGAAAUUCUGUCCGUGUGCCAAUCUUUCUUUAGAUGUGUUAACUUAAUAAAUGUUUAAGAGCCUUCUAAACAGUCCUUGUUCAACUUAAAGGAAUUUGUACUAGAAAAUAAACCUGUUGAUGUGACAAUUGUGGAAAAGUGUUUUUAGCAAUGAUAUACUAUCAUCAUUGCCUCUCCACUACUCUAAUACCUGUGUGAUAUCAAACAAAACAUGUAGGUCUUGUUGCCUCUGUUGUAAAAUGAUACCUACCUAAAAAUGUGGCUAGUGGUUUAUACAUCAUCGAUAAUGGUUAUACAGUAUACUCUAACCUAUGUGAUACUGUGAAAAUUGUCUGGCCCCAAGCUGUUUCGAAUUUAUACUGGAUAUUAUCAUUGUUAUUAUUAUCAGCAUUACUCUUAGUGAAUUUAAUAGAAAGAAAAAGUGGAGGAAAUAAACAUAGAAAAAUCAUUCAAGACUUGCUAUGUUUUGGGAAGUCCAUCUUUGAUAAAAAUCUGCUGUGGAUUAAAUCUUCAGAGUCCACAUAGGAUAUGUAAUCCCAAUGAGAAGGUAUUUGGAAGUGGGGCCUUUGUGGUAAUUAGGUCAUGAGGGUACAACCUUCACAAAUGGGAGUAUUUUCCUGAUAAGAACAUCCCCCAGAGCUAGAUAUUUCUCUUUCAUCUUCUUUCAACCACAGGAAGAUACAGUGAGGAAUUAGUGGGAAAAAUAGUACAUUCUGUUAUGACGCCCAUUUCGCCCGCUGGCUAGAUUUGAAAAUCUGUGCUUUGCAUAUUUGCUAUUUUUCCUGAAACACACAUAUAUAUAAACAUACAUUUUUUAUUUAUUUAUUUUGGUACUGGGGAUUGAACCCAGGCACACUUUACCACUGAACUACAUCCCCAAUCUU